UUCCGGUUCCGCCGGGGAAGGUCACCGCGGCCGCACUCGCCUGUCCCAUGGCGGAGCUCGGCGGCCCGGACGGGGGCCGGGACCCCGCGGUCUCCGAGCUGCAGCGGCUGGUGGCCGCUGAGCAGCAGCGGGCGCAGUUCACCGCCCAGGUUCAUAACUUCAUGGACGUUUGCUGGGACAAAUGUGUGGACAAACCUGGCUCAAAGUUGGACUCCAGAACAGAAGGCUGUCUAGCCAGCUGUGUGGACAGAUUCAUUGAUACCACGUUAUCCAUCACUAAUCGCUUUGCUCAGAUUGUACAGAAAGGAGGACACUGAUUACUGCAUUUCCCAACUCCGGACAACCCAAUCUUUCCUAUUCAGGUCAAUGGACUUAUCAGCUGUCAGUGGAGCAUCAUCACGUGUUCUAAGCUACAUUUUAUCUGAUACUUUCACAACAUGCAGAAGUGGUUGAACAAUCAUUUGCAGAAAGCACAAUUGUCCCUGUGAAUUCUUUAGCUGCAUUGAACUGUUCAUAAAUGUGUCAUCGUACUGCAAUUUAAUAAACCAUCAGGAACACUUGUCCAAACAAGUCUUGUGAUGUGAAAGUGUA